UUCCUGGUAUAAGAAGACAAAUCUGAACUCAAAACAAUCUGAAGCAUUCACAGCAGAUUUAACCACAGCAAGGAAGCAUCAGCUAUUAUCAAUCCAGCGCAGAAUAAGGGUCACAAAGGCAGCUAAAGGAACGUACUCUCCUGUCAGAAAACUCACAGACAACACAUGAAUUAUGUCUCUUGCUGCGAAUAAUGAAGAUGAGCCGUCUGUUUCAUCUGAACUUCCAGCAGACGUCCAGAACUGGAAUAAAGACCACGUGAGAGAGUGGAUGCUCCAGAUAAAAGUAGACAAAGAAGAUGUUGAUAUUUUGUAUAAUGCAAAAAUCAAUGGAGCUGGUCUUCUCCUAUUGGAGAAAUCUGAUCUCACAGAACUUGACCUUUCAUGGAAUUCAAAAAAGCUGAUAAUUCCAAAUAGAGAUAAAUUGAAACAAAAUGUGUUGACUCCGUCUUGUAGCUUGAAGCCGUACCCUUUCAAAAGAUUUAAUGCUGCUCACAGAUACCAAGAAAACAGCAUUCUCGAUGCAACUGAAACGGGCAGAAAAGACUGUAUACAACCGUGCCAUGAAUUCAAAGCAUUCACCAACACAUCAGAAGAGAAUAAAAUGACAAAAUACAGAUAUGAAGUCAUUAGAUUUGGAGCAGCUUGUAUGAACAGCCACACAAAUGGCACCAUUCAUUUUGGAGUGGAAGAUGAUGGAAAAAUUCUGGGUGUCAGUGUCCAGAAAAAAGACAGUUUUACAACACAGCAGUCACAUGCAAUUGAGAAACAUUUUCAGGAACAGUUUGUUGAAAUAGCAAAAAGGUGUAUUAUGCCUCCUCGCUUUGUUGAAGUUCUCAAAGCUGACAUGACAUCCACAGGAAAAUAUGUCAUUGAGGUGGACAUAGAACCAUCCUUCAUAGUGUGUGAAAACCGUUAUUUUCACACACUUAACUUAGAAAAAAAUGAAACAAAUAUUCAAGAAACCACAAGUGCAGGAAACAAUCAUGACGGCAAGUCUUUUUUUAUAAGAAAAGACAACAGCAGCAAAAAUCUUCUUACACCUGAUUCCUCCAAGAUAUAUAAAAAGUAUAUUGCUGACAUGUCAAAGUUUUCCCAAUUAAGGAAGGAUGAAGAAGAAAAGCACCUAACUGAAGUCAAAAACAGCAUUCAGGGAUCAAAACUCUGUGAGAUGUUAACAGGAGGGACUCAAUCUUUGGACAAGUCACACUUCACAUGGUAUGUUGUGGUAGCUAACAAAUCCCAUCCUGAUCAGCUUGACAAUCUGAAUUUCCUCACUUACAUGGAUCUGAUGGCUGUUCUAGAUUUUGAUCCAGAAUCCACUGAGAAUGGAUUAAAUACACUAUUUAAAGACAGGAAAACAAACAGUCAUUUGUCAUCUGAAUAUAAGAUUACACAAGCAGUUGAAGACAUCAUAGACAAGUUAAAGCUGUACAGAAACACAAGCUGGGUUUUCUGCAAUGGAGGCUUUAAUGAUGAAGAUCCAUCAGAUUCUCAGAAGUGGUUGACUGAGAAAGGAUCUUCGGUUCGAGAUGUUGUUUCGUUCCUGUGCCGGAGAGAUGUGCUGCCCAACAAGAAAUUUCUCAUCGUGUUCUUGUUGUUAAAUCAAGUGACUGAUGGAAAUGACCCUAUGCUGGAGACCUUCAGUAUGUUUUUACAAGAGCUAAAGGGAACAAAUCAAAUCUUAUGUAUCUGUGACAAUGAAACGACAUACACCUACUGGAGGGAUCUGAUUAUGGGCCGUUAUUCAGUUGAUAUCUCAAAUAGAUGCAUUUCUGAGUUGAGUUUUACUGAGAUCAAUGGAACUGUGCUCAGUCUCUGGUCAGAGAAUCGUAAGUCAGACCGGUUUCUGCCCGGUGUUGGUGGCAGUAAGGUUGUGUUAUCAAAGAAAACUGAGGACACAUUAGAUCUGCUGAGUAUUCUCUGUGUAAACCAAUGUGAUGGAGGAAAUGAGGACAAACAACAACAUGAAGAAAGGUUUUACAGAGGAGGGAAGGUGUCAUGGUGGAACUUCUACUUCUGUGAACAGGCGGGAACGGUGCCAUUCAUCAAACGGGACAAGUUUGAGUACAUUAUUGAUGGCAUCAUUCCAGACCUGCUCAAAAGGAGGAGAUCUUGUGUGUUCUUCAACAUCUUUCAUCUUCCAGGGUGUGGUGGAACAACACUGGCCAUGCAUGUUCUCUGGACGCUCAAGAAUAAAUAUCGUUGUGCAGUACUGGAGGACAGAACAGAUGAUUUUACCGAAGUAGCCAAACAGGUAGUGGAGUUACUGACAUAUGAGGCAAAAGAGCAACAAAUCAGACUCCCCGUUUUGCUCAUGAUUGAUGAUUUGGAAGACAUCUGCGAUGUUAAAAAACUUCAGCUGCAAAUUGAGGAGGAAUGUAUAAAACAAAACAUUUUUUCCAAGUCUCCACAAGUCAUUCUUGUUAACUGCAUGAGAGCCGAGUCCCGUGAACAGGCUGAAGAAAAUGACGACUCGGUUUUCCUUGGAAACAAUUUAUCUGAUAAGGAACAGGAACAGUUCAAGGAAAAGCAGAAGGACUUUAAGAAAUCCAAAACAAACAUUGACACGUUUUAUGGAUUCAUGAUUCUAAAAUCAAAUUUUUCACUUGAGUACAUCCAGGGUGUUGUGAAAAAUACUCUGAAAGGCUUCAACUUUCAAAACAAACACGCACAAUUGUUUGCUGUUCUUGUCCUUCUGAAUGUCUACUGUAAGAAUGCAGUGCUGUCAGUCAGUGCAUGUGAAGAGUUUCUCCAUUUACAAACAACAGAAGACUGUCGAUCCUGCAGGGUUGAAGACAGAUUUGAGAAGUUUUCCACACUUUUGACCAGAUGCACAGGGUAUGCAGAGGGUGUGAGGGUGAUUCAUUCAAGUAUAGCUCAACACUCUUUAAUUGAACUUACAGCUUCUCAUGGAGUGACAAAGGCAGACAUCACUAACAUCCUGCUAACAACAGAUUUCUUUCACUACUUGUAUCUGGGCAAACAAAAGUCAAUGUAUGAUGUCCGCAGCAUGUUGGUGAAGAGGCAACAUUCAACCAAGGGCCGUUUUUCACCUCUCAUCCAAGAUAUAAUGAAGGAGACCCCAGGGAUGGAGGAGACCAUUUUACUCAAUGCUGCAAAGUUCUACAGAAAGGAUGCAAUAAUAUUCCAGCUGUUGGCCAGGUACUAUUACUUAAAAAAUGAAAAAGAUUUCCAAAUGGCUAAUAGUUGGGCAAAGAAGGCAAAAGACCUUUCAAAGGACAACUCAUACAUAUGUGACACAGUGGCACAGGUACUAAAGGGUGAGCUGAAGUAUCAAUUUCACCAAGACAGAGAUGAUCCCAUAAAGCCAGACAGUCUUGAGAUGUAUCUCACAAUGGCUGAAUCUGCAACAAAGGCCUGCAAGGAAACACAACGAAUUGCACAGAAAGAAGCCGUGAUUCGAUUGCAAAGACAAAAUGACCAUAACACCUACAACACAGCUGGGUGUCUCAACGAACUUCAAGUUGCAGUUAAAGUCAUAGAGAUACUGCAAAAGACCCCACCUUUUAACUCAGACCAUCAACUUCUUGGUGAAGUCCUGUCAGGACGAAUAAAGAUUGAGGAUUUGAUAACUAAACAACCUAAACUGAAGGAAUAUUCAGAUGUGUUGCGGAAGCACUUGCACUACCUUCUUGAGGUGAAAGGACAAAUGAAGCAGAAUUUUGAUUUUCUUGACAAAUAUUUUGUCAAUUUAGCACCCUUCCUGGCAGAGAACGACAAACUGAAGGAUCUGAUGCAUGACAGGGUGAACGAGUGUUUUCAACAAUAUAUCCGCCUUUUUGGUGAAAUGAACUGGACAGUGAUGGUCAAUGACAAUCACUUAGAUACCAGGAUAAAAAUUGAGAAGACGCGCCAAUGCUUGGAAAGGAACAAGGCUGAUUCCUAUACAAGACUUCUGGAACAUUUGUACAAAGAAGACUCUGGAUCAACUCUUGAAGAGAUCGUACAGCAGUAUUAUUUCCUUCUGCAGUCAGAAAAGGUACAAUAUGUUAAGGAUGCUGUCAACUUUAUCUACAGCAAUGUCAUUCUUGCCAACAUCAACCCAGAAUCUAAGUGCAUCAGAUCCUACCAGUACAUUCACCAGUUACUCUCUAUUCUAAUUGAACAACGCACAGCCUUAGGCGAGAGCCUACCAACAAACUACAUUGCACUUUCAUUGUUAUGGCAAGAUCAGGGUCACCCUGAAUUAACAACUUUUGUGUCACAAAUAAGGAAUAUGUACACAAAUGAGUGGAAGACUGUAGGUAAUGGAAGAAGGGCAGUCAUCCAUUUUUUCCUGGGGAAAGAGACAGGAUACAAAGGUUUGAUUUCUCAGAGGGAUGUUAACAGCUGGUUAAACCCAGGGCAAAACAUCUCCACUGAGUGGGACAAUGAGAAAACAUGGAAGCAAGUGAGAGACACGGGUAAACUUUACAGAGCUUCUGGUAAAAUACGCAACCACUGUAUUUUGGUUGCUGAUUCAAACAUUGUUGUUUAUCCAAUGUUCCAGUGCCAGUUACCCAAAGAAUUUGGCACCAGAGUGUCAUUUUUUAUUGGAUUCUCCAUGAAGGGACCAGUUGCACUUGAUAUUGACUUUGAGUCAUAAGGUCCUUUCCAAACGUGAAUUGAAUAAAAAUGCUUUAUUCAACUAUUCCCCGAUCUCCAAUUCAUCACAUAUGAAUGAAAUUCAAAGAUGUGAAAUUAGAGCUCAUAAACCUCUGUGAAGUUCUGUUGUUGCACUUCAUUAUCGUAGUGAACAUUAUUUGUACCAAACCUUUAUCAUAAAAAUGAACUGUUGUUAAUUUUCUUGUUUUACAUCCUUUUUAAGGUUUAUUUUUUGUUUUAAAGAUUCAUACAAGAGAACUGUAUUUUCAUAUUUGGUCUUUGUGAUAACUGAUAUAUUAAUGCAAAACACACAUUUAUGACAAACGAUUACGAUUUAUUGUUGAUUUGUACUUUGCACAAAUGGAGUGAAAAAACAAAUGUUUGAAAAGAAAGUGCUACACUUUAGAAUAGUUGAUGAAGUAUAUGUGAUCUUGAUAUUCAAUGUUUUCAAUUAUAUUUUCUAGUUAGUUUGGUGUUGUAUGCUGGGGUAGGGAUAAUGGUAAAGAUAUAUUUCCUCAUUUGUUUGAUUAAAUUGUUAAUAACUUGACUGAAUUAUUAACUUGAUCACUGCAAUCAACAUUAUUUGGGUAAAACUUACCCAAAUUAUGUCUCAACGGGGUUGCAUGUAAAUAUUCUGGUACAUAAAACUCCUUUUCAUUCUAAGUUAAUUUUCUGGAUAAUUUGCACCACAAUAGACAAAGUGUUUGGGUUUCUUGUGAAUUAUAUAAUUUGUUUUCUUAUUCACAGAACAUGCGAUUACAUUCCAUGCUUUUUUUACCGUGUUUAGCAAUAUUUCUGUAAGGAAUAGAUGUUUUGUUAAUUUUCUUUCAGGUCUUUAUUUACCUUAACACAUUGUAAAUAAAGUGGUUUUAUUGUUUUUGGUCAAAAGAUGCAACACACAUUGUUCAAUAAGUAAAUAACAUGUGAUUAAUCUAUAAACCUAAUUAUUAAAACA